GAAGAUGAGGAACCCUCUGUUUGGUCGGGGGUCUUCUGAAUCGGGUCGAUUCCGGGGUAGAUACAGGGACUGAUCCGGGAUUGGCGCUCAGUGUGACUCAGGCGGGGCUAAAAAGGGAAGCGGCGGCAUGAGUCACCGAUGGCGGGGGCCGGAAAGGGCUCAAAUCGGGCUCUUCCACCCAGGAGGAAGCCCCUUUCCCCGGCCAAAGCUUUGGGAAGCCAACGCUGGGCAAGAAGGCGGCAUCUACACCGUCGAUUUAAUGCAGUUUGAUACCACUUUAACUGCUAUGGCUCAGUGCUUUGGAAUCCUGGGGUUUCUUGUUUGAUGAGGCAGAGAAAACUCAAGGCCUUGCUAAACUACAACUCCCAUGACUCCAUAGCCUUGAGCCAUGACAGUUAAAGAGGUUUCAAACUGUAUUAAUUCUGUAGUGUAGAUUGAUUCACUACGAGACUUGGCCGCUUCUACACUGUCAUAAAGUAGAUUGUCAAAGCAGCUAAUCCACAUUAUCUGCUUUGAAUCGGAUUAUAUGAGCUCACACUGCCAUAUAAUCCAGUUCAAAGCAGAUAAUCUGGAUUUUAUAUCACAGAGUAGAAGGGGCCCCAGUGAAUUGAGUUAUGAAUCCCAGGAUUCUGAGUAACAAAAAUGAGACCAAAGUCCAAUCAUUGGGUUCAUCCGCACUGUCAAAUUAAUGCAGUUUCAUACCACUUUUAAUUGCCAUCGCUCAAGGUUAUGGAAUCCUGGGAUAUAUAGUUUGUCUGGGCACCAGCAGUCUUUGAUAGAGAAGUCUCAAGACCCUUGUACAACCUAUUAGAUUGUUUUUAAUUAUUUUCAUCUCGACGCUUAAUUUUUUUGGUUAACUGUUGUUACUGUGUAUUACCUUGUAUUAUUUUGAUGUGUUUGUGCUUAUUUGGGGCAUUGAAUGUUUGCCUUUUUUGUUUUGUGUCUGUAAACCACCCUGAGUCCCUUAGGGGAGAGAGGGCAGUCUAGAAAUAAAGAUUAUUAUUAUUAUUAUUAUUAUUAUUAUUAUUAUUACAAAACCCAGCAUUUCAUAGCAUUGAGCCAUGGCAGUUAAAAUGGUGGCGUAUUUGUGUACCCAUGCUUCUUGGCAGGGGGUUGGACUGGGUGGCCCGUGAUGUCUCUUCCAACUCUAUGAUUAUUUUAUUUCAAGCCACAUUGAGUCCCCUUUGGGGAGUUAAAGCAGGGUAUAAAUAAAUAUAAUAUAUUUUUUCAUGUCAGGAGCGACUUGAGAAACUGCAAGUCGCUUCUGGUGUGAGACAAUUGACCGUCUGCAAGGACAUUGCCCAGGGAUGCUCGGAUGUUUUGAUGUUUUUACCAUCCUUGUGGGAGGCUUCUCUCAUGUCCCCGCAUGGAGCUGAAGCUGACAGAGGGAGCUCACCUGCACUUCCUCCCGGGUUGGAUUCAAACCAGCAACCUUCAGAAAGAUGUUGGCCAAGGGCAUGAAACGGAAAUGGAGUGAAGAUGAGGCGCCGGACCUCCUCACGGCCACCCCGCCAUCCAGCUCCCUCUUCAGCCUCUCCGUCUCCAAACUGCACCAGAGCCUCCAAAAUGUGGAGCCCAACCUCCGCCACCUGGUGCUGGUUGCAAACACCCUCCGGCGUAUCCAGGGUGAGAUGCAGCCAGCCGUAAGCCCCAUUAUCCCCGCAGCCCUUGGCGAGGGAGACCCACUUGCUGCUGUUCCCGUCCCCUUGGAGCCUUGCAGGAAACCUCAGGCACCUCUUGCCCCCCAUGUGGACGAGCUCCUGAUCUCCAACAUGGACAUCUCGGUCUUCUCCAGCAUUUUGGAGGACUUGAGUGGCAUAGAGGGUCUGGGGGACUCGUUCCAGCCCUCGCUCGGAGUGCCUGGAGACUUGCUCAGUCCAGAACCAGAACGAACUUCCCAUCCUGGCCCUCAUGACUCUCUAGAGACCUUGGGCCCUGGUGGGUACCUCCUGGAAGAUGGCUUGGAGGGCCUCUUUGAAGACAUUGACACUUCUAUGUAUGACUCUGACCUCUGGCCGCCCACUGAACUUCCACACCUCAAGGAAGGCUUCUCAACUACGGCGCAUGAGAAGCCAGACUUAGCCGAUCUCGACUAUCUCAUGGACAUGCUAGUGGAGGUUCAGGAGCUGUGAUAGAUGGAAAGGGGGUGCGGGGUUUGUGGUGGGAUGGGACAAGUGCAUGGACACAAGUGGGACAUAAAUGGAUGGAAUGGUGGGUGGGUAUAAAGAGAAGCAACGGUGAAAGUCCCAAGUGAAGCUGUCAUUCUAGGUAGCACUGAAGUCUUUAAUACCUCUUUCCUGAAGCCAUUGGCUAACUUGGUUGUGUGAGAGUGAGAAAAACCCACACACAAAAGCUCUGGCCAGCAUGAAAUGUGCUUGGUUUGAAACCUGUUUUUUCAGUAGGUGCUUGGUAUUUUCCUGCAUGGCAGUGGGUUGAAUUGGACGGUCUGUUCCAACUCUGUGUUUGCCUAUGGAAGGUUCUCCAAAGUACAUAAAAUGGGUGACAAGAUUCAGCAGUGGCUGUUAAGGGGAAAUUUAUAUGAGACGUCAGUGGGACCCACCAUGCUUUCCUGGCUGAGCCUUUUCUCCUCCAUUUGGGCUGAUGGAGAGCGGGAAGAGCAUUUCCAAAACUGCCAUUUAAGUAACGUAGACAUCUUAAAGUGCCUGCCUUAGGGGAGCAUUCCACCCGCCUUCUUCCUGUCCUGGAAUGUAGCAAGCCUGUUUCCUCUCCCAAAGCAGCUUCAUUUUAUCCUUCUGAACUGAAUGGACCAGGCAUUUUUGUAGGCAUGGACUGGCAUGAAGGGGAUUGCCUUCAGGCAGUAUAUAAUUGUGUGACUGAUCAUGUAAUUUAUUGUUUGAGUGCCAAGGAUAAUUUUUAAAAACCUUGAAAAAAUGAAGUGUCAGAUUGUUUUAGAAAUAUGUAUAUCUUCUCUUUCUUUGUCUGUUAUGAUUAUUAAUGUAUAUCUUCCUUUACUUCCAAUAAUGGGACUCAGGGUGGCUAACAACAUAGUAAAACUGCCAAUGGAAAACAAUGCAAAAGUCAAUAAAAGUAUAAAUACAAGAUUCUAAAAGCAAUUGAACACUAAACAUUAAAAUAUUUAAAUGCAGUUUUAAAAACCUCUACACACACCCAUUAAAAUGUUAAAAAUCACAUAGCACCGCACAAGAUGAAAAGCUCGGCCCUAGUCAGUUUGUAAAAGCAUGACAACAGAAAAAUGUUUUGACCUGCCAACAGAAGGAGAGCAAGGAUGGGGCCAUCCAGGUGUCUCUAGGGAGGGGUUUCCAAAGUUUGGGAGCAGGACACCCACCUCCCCAAAAACACAGAAGCUGUAGGUGCAAACUACAAGGAGAUGCACACAACCUUCUUUGGGACAGUUGUUUUGGAGUUUGGGGCUCAAGGAGGAAGUGAGUAGUGAUCAAGUGGAAUGACUCAUACUGUGUGGCAUGCACCUGGCGGAUCAUCGCCAUUGCCCUAGAUUCCUAUGGAGAAGGAGGCUGGUGUGGUGCAUUCUCAUUACCAGCCAGAGCCCAGAAGUCAUUCUUGUUGGAUCUUCUCUUACUCUUUCCUAGGUCGUCCUUGGUGCAAGCAAGUUCAUCUGUAAACUAGGGGACCUUUUGUGGAUCUAUAUGGCAAAGGAAUUGUUUUUAAGUCCCAAGAGCUUUGCUAAUAAAAAAAUAACACGGUCAUAGAAUUGGAUAAUGGCAAACCUGAAUGUCGCCAAAAGUUGUGUAAGUUUUUGAGUUCUCCAAAAUGUCACCAGGCUAGAUCACAUAUUCUUUACCCUCAGGGCUAUAUUGUGUUCUCCCAAUUAAAAUAACCCCAAAUCAGCCUCUACUGGAGGUUUACAAGAAUGGUAAAUGCUUUCAGAACAUCCUAAACCCCCCACAAACAAAGAAAAGCUGAAACUGCAUCUCCUCGAGUUACCACUGGAGGCUCACAAGCUGUUGGAUUAGAAUCCUGUGUGCCAUUCACUUCCUAAGAGGACUUUUGGACUAGUGUGGAAAUAAAUAAUCUGUUUGGCAAUUGGUCUUUUGCAAAACCUGUAUCUGGAUGAGGAACUAUAGUAGAGUCUCACUUAUCCAACAUUCGCUUAUCCAACGUUCUGGAUUAUCCAAUGCAGUCUGCCUUUUAGUAGUCAGUGUUUUUGUAGUCAAUGUUUUCAAUACAUUGUGAUAUUUUGGUACUAAAUUUGUAAAUACAGUAAUUACUAUGUAGCAUUACUGUGUACUGAACUACUUUUUCUGAAAAAUUUGUUAAACAUGUUUUGGUGCUUAAUUUGUAAAAUCAUAACCUAAUUUGAUGUUUAAUAGGCUUUCCUUAAUCUCUCCUUAUUAUCCAACAUAUUCGCUUAUCCAGUGUUCUGCCGGCCUGUUUAUGUUGGAUAAGUGAGACUCUACUGUACUUCCAGAAUGCCCCAGCCAAUAUGAGGAUUCCAGGAGAAGCAGUCCAAACAAAGACACUUUCCACAUUUUAACGUCAGUUUAGACUUAAAACUCUUUGCUUAAAACACACAAUGAAAGGAACUGAUCCAGUCCCUCAAGGCUAAUUCAAUAAAAAAAACAUUUACCUAGAGCCUUUUCUUUAACUGGCUGCUACUUUCUUUGGUGUUCUACCCCUUUCCAUGGAAAGAAGGGUGAGCAAAGGGGUAAGGAGAUAACAAUUUGUUGUGUGCUUUCAAGAUAUUUCUGAUUUAUGGCAACCUUAGUGAAGCUAUUACAGGGUCUUCUUGGGAGAAUUUGUCUGGAGAGAGUUUGCUUUGUCUUCCUCUGAGGCUGAGAAAAUGUAACUUGCCCAAGGUUACCCAGGGAGUCUUCAACCCAAACAGGGAUUCAAACCCUGCUCUCUAUAUCCGAUAAUCAAAUCACCAUACUGCACUGUAGUCUAUAAAAUCCUUUGACAGCACGUAAUGCCAGAGUCUCAGGACCUCAUAAGAAAUGCAUGCUUGAUAGAUGAUGAAAAUCACAGACUAGUAGUAAUCAUGGUAUGUGGUAAGCAUUAGCAAGCGGGACUAAAUUCAGUGCUUCUCUGCCUGGGUUUUAGAUAACCAGCAGAGGGCAUUCUUAGGCCAGCAGUGGCUGCCUUCCAUUCUGCUCUACCUCUAAACUAGAACAGCAUCAUUUCCUUCCAUCUAAGAACAUUAAAAGACUAAUAAGCAGUGGUGUUGGUUAGUACCUUUUAAAUAUUUCUCUCAUAUAUGAUGAAUGUAAGUGAUACUAACUUGGAAGCUAAGCAAGAUAAUUUCUGACGGUCUGGAUAUACCCAGCCUUAGAUGUUUGGGCAUCUGAGGUUCAAUUUACAUCUGCUAGGACAAUAGUUUCAGAUUGUUCUAAUGCAACUCUUCAUAGUUUCACAAAAAACGCCACACAGUUAUGGUCUUUCUGGGUCAGCUCUUGGACCAAAGCUAUCAGCCUGUUAGGUGUGGCUGUGUGAAGAUUGUUGCAAGCUGCCCUGAGUCCCUUUUGGGAGAGGGGACGGGAUACAAAUAAAGUUUAUUAUUAUGA